AUGGCGUCCUCAGACGUUCACGUCCGAAUAUGUGAACAAGAAAUACUGAAAUAUGACAUCGAAAUCAAAGCUCUCAUCCAGGACAUUACUGAGUACAAAGGCCCUAAAAACAAGCUGACGGAACUGAACGCAGAUGUGAAAAAGAGUUUCCACAAGCUCAGGUUGCGGAUUCAGGAUUUUGAGCAGAUUGCUAUGGAGCAGGACAAAGAGUCAGAGAAGCAAGCUCUGAUGAGUCAGGUGGAGGGACACAGGAAACAGAUGCUGAGUAACCAGACCGGGUGGAGGAAAGCCAACCUGGCCAGCAAACUGUCUCUAGACAAUGUGGAGAAGCAGGCACUUCUUUACGGAGCCGGCGGUGGUGUGAGACAGAGGAAGACGACCAAAGAGGGCCUGGCACAGACAACCAGCGACAUUACAGAGAAUCUUAUGAGCAUCAGCCGGAUGAUGGCGCAGCGGGUUGAACAGAGCGAGGAGACCAUGACGUCACUAGCGACCUCCUCAAGGACAAUCCAAGAGACCAACGAGGAGUUUAAGGCCAUGACGGGGACCAUCCAGCACGGGAGGAAGCUCAUCACCAAGUACAACCGCAGAGAGCUCACUGAUAAACUGCUCAUCUUCCUGGCACUCGCCCUCUUCCUCGCCACCGUCCUCUACAUCCUCAAGAAGAGACUGUUCCCCUUCCUAUAGACCAGGUACCUUUUCUGAGGAGCUCUCCCAUCAUGAAAACACCAACCUUUCCAUGUUCAGCGCAAAGGAUUUAAACAACCUUUACUCCUGCGUGUCGUAUUUCACACACAUCACCAGUGUCUGCCGGGUGGAAUGUGGACGGCUCAGUCUGCCAAACUUUGACGCUGCCGAGGAGGAAAUAUUCUCCACUAAGGGGCAAGAUGAACGGUUCCCUGCAGUGUUUCAUUUGUUGAGAUGGUUUUGCUUCAACAGACAAAGGGAAUAAUUAAUUUCUGUGUUUGAUAUCCAUAUUGUGUAUCCAUCUUUAGUGUGACAGUGUUGCUCGCAUUGUUUGCAAUUAAGUCAGUUGUGAACCCAUAAUGAUCAUUUAUUUUUUAUAUUCCUGUGGAAGGUGUCCAAUACAGUUUUGUUUCCAUUCAUAGUCUUGUAUCAAA